AUGCCUACCUACUCAAGGUUUCUCAAGGAAAUCUUGAGUGGGAAGCGGGAUUGCGACGUAAAGGAGACUGUGAACCUCACCGAGAAUUGUAGUGCUAUCAUUCUCAACCAAAUGCCACCCAAACUCAAAGACCCGGCCAACAUCACCUUGCAACUUGCUGACCGUUCGGUCAAGUACCCUAUUGGCAAGGUUGAGGAUGUUCCCUUAGUUGUUGGCGAGCUUACUUUCCUUGUGGAUUUCGUCGUCUUGGACAUUGAUGAGGAUGCCCAUACCCCCAUUAUCUUGGGGAGGCCAUUUUUGGCCACCGCGGGUGCUCUUAACGAUGUGCAAGAAUGA